UCAGAGACGGCCUUCACCUGAAAAACACUCUACAUACUCAUUUUCAAUCCCAAAUUCAAACCUCUGCUUUUCAAAGAUUCAGUUCCAGGAUCAAUCUUUCUUGAAAUCUGCUGAAAAACACUCGCAAUACUCAUCUUCAAAGCCAAAAAUCAAAUCUCUGAUUGCAAAGAUUCAGUUUCAAGAUCAAUCUUUCUUGAAAUCGUCUGAAAACACUCACACAAGCCAAAAAUAUAAGCGUCUGAUUCCAAAAGAUUCCAUUCCAAGAUCGAUCUUUCUUGAGAAAUCUGCGUUUUUUCGAGAGAUCGGUAGUUUCUGAUGAAGAAUCAAUCGGAAGUUCCAUAGAAUGGCAGAGCAGGCGAUCGAGAAGAAGUCGUUUGAAGAUGAUGAUCCGACGAGCAGUGCGAAGAAAGAAGACGUUACGAACGAUCCAGAAUUCCUCAGCUGUCUGCUUCAGCCUUCGCCUGCGGACUCUGAUCCCAAUUACAUUGGAAUUCGCCGUCUUCUCCUCUCUCGUAAAGCUGAGUCUGGUUUUCUUCGCCGCAAGGACUGGAGAUGCAAUGGAAAAGGAUAUGUCGCUUUUCGUAAUUACAUUAACAGGCCGCAGAAUUGGGAAAGUUUACACACACCGAGCCAUUCAAGCACUCCUGGACAAAGUGGGCGAUGGAUGCCAUCUUCAAGUCCACUCUCCAUUUUAUUAGAUGUGGACAGCUGGAGCACUAACCGGCUUUCAGGAAUCUAUGAUACAUCUUUGAGUGGCUACAAAAAGGAAAACCAACCCAUGACAGAGCCACAGCCAAAGUACUCAGCUUUCCGUGAGGCUAGUUUUGGUCAUGCCAUUUUCGAUAUCAAGAAUCGAACCCAUGCUUAUUAUAGUUGGCAUCGAAAUCAGGAUGGCUACGCUGUACAAGCUGAUUCCUUAUGGUUUUAUAACCGGUUUUGGCAUCCAGUUGAUGAUUCUACAAGUGCCCGAUGA